ACCUGGAAAAACUCUUCUCCCUUCACUCCAGUUUAAUUGCUAAUUAAAAGGUGUAUGUAUGUUAUAUGUAUCUCCUCUUCUUCAUCUCCUUGAAUAACUUCACGAUAUAACCUAUAUAUCUUACAGUCGAUCCAGAAAAGCAGCUUUUAAAGAAAAGGCAACUGCCCCCCUAGCUAGCUUAAACCCAGGAUGCUGCCUUCCAGCCCUGAUCUUCCCCGAAAGUCCCUCCAAAUCAAGCAGGAUGACAAGUUCUUCACUAGGCUUCUAUCCAAGGAGAGCUCCAUGGCUAACUCAUCGUCGUUCAGAGUCUACUAUGGAGGAGCAACUGGUGCAGUCCCGUUCAUGUGGGAAUCUCAACCAGGUACGCCUAAAUACACAUUCAGCGACACCUCUCUCCCUCCUCUCACACCUCCUCCUUCCUACCAUGUCAAUUCCAAGAAGAGGCCCACGAAAAAGCCUUCCAGAUCCAACCUUCUACGUAUCAUAUUCCCUAGGCUCUCUCUGAGGAAAACCCAUGCCUCCCCAUCUUCAUCAUCAUCAUCAUCAUCAUCAUCAUCAUCAUCGUCGUCAUCAUGGUCAUCAUCGUUGUCAUCUUCGACUCCGACGACCUCAUCGAAUUUUCUUCGUAGACGCAGCAGAUUCUCAACUCCUAUAUCAUCGUUUGAUUCAAGCGGGGAUUACGAAGAAGAUGGAGGCUCCAGGUCUCCGAUCUCAACACUGUGCUUUAGUAGCGUUGGUCGUCAUCUGGCUACCGGUAGGCUCCGAGGUUGCCACCACUCUGUGGUGAUCAUGAAGAACACUUUUCUGUCAAUGGUUGGGCAUACAUCUAGCCGAGGUACUGCUUAGAAGAUUUCCGAAUCUCGUUCAUCAAUGUUUUUAUCUUUUUGGGUUUCAUUGUUGUUGUUUGAGAUAUGUAAAAUGUAACUACUAGGGACUCAACUCAAACUACCCAAAAAAUAUUGCACAAUUCAUGAAAUUUGUGGUGGUAAAAUGCUGUUGAUCUUAAUAACAACAUUCAUGCUAGGAUGAAUGAAUUAAAUUAAAGUUGUGAUCAACAAACUGUUUUUCUUCA